AUGUCUCUCCUCUCCGUCUCGACGGCAGCCUCGCUGGCUCGCCAAUGCGCCCGCCCUGCCGCCGUCCGCUCCUCUGUCGCCGCCCUCCAGGUCCGCAAUGCCGGUUCCAGCGCCACCACUGCUGAGAGCUACUCCAGCCCUUUCCGCGGCACCAGCAACCACCGCGACACCACCCACAUCCCCGACUUCAAGAAGUACCGCAACACUGGUGGCGAGACCCAGAACAAGGUCUUCCAGUACUUCAUGGUCGGAACCUUUGGUGCCGUGACCGCCCUCGGCGCAAAGGCCACCGUUCAGGACUUCCUCGUCAACAUGUCGGCUUCCGCAGAUGUCUUGGCCCAGGCCAAGGUUGAGAUUGACCUCGCCGCCAUCCCCGAGGGCAAGAACGUCAUCAUCAAGUGGAGAGGAAAGCCCGUCUUCGUCAGACACCGUACCGCCGACGAGAUCAAGGAGGCCGAGGGCGCCAAGUGGGAGGCUCUCCGUGACCCCCAGCCCGACUCUGACAGAGUCAAGAAGCCCGAGUGGCUCGCCGGUGACUUCGGCGGCUGGUUCUGCCCCUGCCACGGUUCACAUUACGACAUUUCCGGCCGUAUUCGCAAGGGUCCCGCCCCCUUGAACCUCGAGGUUCCCGAGUACGAAUUCCCCGAGGAGAACUCCCUGAUCAUUGGUUAG